AUGUCGGACCCUCAUCGCGAUGUAUCCCAAUACAAGUACUCGGCCAUGUCCAACCUGGUUCUCCAGGCGGACCGUCGGUUUGUCACUCGACGGACUGACGAGGCCACUGGCGACCCAGAGUCUCUCGCUGGGCGCCUGAGUAUCAACGAUAUGGGCUCACGAGUCGCUCGUGACGAAGCUCCGAAGCAGAAAAAACAGCCUGGAAUGCCCGACAUUGAACGAGGGAGUCUCCAGGAAGGCCAGGAUGUCUUGCUAAGAGAGCAACGAAAACGGAAACCCGAUGCGCAACAAGCUGGCGUAUUGGGGGCAAACGAUGCUUUGAUCGAAGGUAUCACAUAUCGACCUCGAACUGCGGCGACGCGGGCGACUUUUGAUUUGAUCUUGACCCUUGUGGCGAACAAUCUGGGUGACGUACCGCAUGAUGUCGUGCGAAGUGCUGCGGACGCCGCGCUGGAAUAUCUGAAAGACGAUGAUAUGAAAGAUCUGGAUAAGAAGAAAGAAAUCGACGACAUUCUUGGCUCAACCCUGAGCCCCAAGCAGUUCAACGAAUUAAUCAACUUGGGAAAGAAGAUUACAGAUUACGAUGCCCAGGACGAUGAUGAGGAUGUUAAUAUGGGAGACAAUAAUGACGAUGACGCAGAAAUCGACGAACGGCAGGGUGUAGCUGUUGCUUUUGACGAGGAUGACGAAGAGGAUGAAAUUGUCAACGAAGUUCGCGACGAAUCCUCAGAAGAUGAGGAGGAAGAGGAGGAAGGCGAGGGAACAGCAAAGGCAGAGGAGGAUGCUGCCGAGGCAGAUGACGACAUGAUUCUCGACUCGGCUCCCGUGGAUGCCAAGCACAAGAAGAGCGAGAAACCCUCAAUACUUGCGCGAGACAUAGACGCCUUCUGGCUACAGCGGCAAAUCGGUUUACUUUAUCCUGACGCCCACGAGCAAGCAGAUAAGACCAAAGAGGCCCUGCGCGUGCUCUCUGGAGAGCCUGACGAAGUUGGAGGCGAAGAGAAGUCUCUUCGAGAGAUUGAAAACGAUUUGAUGGAGCUCUUCGAUUUCGAACAUCACGAGCUUGUUCAAAAGCUGGUCGAAAACCGUGAAAAGGUCUUCUGGCUCACGAAGCUUGCCAGAGCAGCUGAUGCGGAACAGCGGGCAAAUGUUGAGCGGGAAAUGGUCUCGGAGGGGCUGCAAUGGAUUCUCAACGAGCUGCGGGGUAAGUCUGGAGCUGAUGGAGAUAAGGCAGGGAAAGGAGGUAUCAAGAUGGACAUUGACGUUCCCGCUUCUUUUACGGCUGAGGCGCCCAAGGCGGAACGGCUCGAAGGGCAGCUGGUCGGUGGACUGCAACCCAAGAGGCUCAUCAAUCUGGAAAACUUGGUUUUUGACCAGGGCAACCAUUUGAUGACCAACCCCAAGGUCCGACUGCCAGAGGGAUCGACAAAGAGAUCUUUCAAGGGUUACGAAGAGAUCCAUGUGCCUCCUCCGAAGAAACGAAAUGACCCAGACGAUAUCCUUAUCCCCAUAACCGAUAUGCCGGAAUGGUCGCGGUUGCCCUUCAGCACGUCCAAAUCGCUGAACAAGAUCCAGUCCAAGACCUACCCAACCGCAUUUGAAGAUGAUGGUAACAUGCUUGUUUGUGCGCCGACCGGUAGUGGUAAAACAAACGUGGCCAUGUUGACCAUACUGCGAGAAAUUGGUAAAAAUCGAAACCCGGAAACCGGCGAGAUUGAUCUUGAUGCCUUUAAGAUUGUCUACAUUGCCCCCCUCAAAGCUCUUGUUCAGGAGCAGGUUGGCAACUUCGGAAAGCGUCUGGAGCCAUACGGAAUCCGCGUGAAUGAGCUUACCGGUGAUCGUCAACUUACCAAGCAACAAAUCUCAGAAACUCAGAUCAUCGUUACCACGCCUGAGAAGUGGGACGUUAUUACUCGCAAGGCUACUGAUCUCACAUAUACGAACUUGGUGCGCCUGAUUAUCAUCGAUGAAAUCCAUCUGCUCCACGAUGACCGUGGUCCAGUAUUGGAGAGCAUCGUCAGCAGGACCAUUCGCAAAACCGAACAAACUGGGGAACCGGUCCGAAUUGUCGGUCUUUCUGCGACGCUUCCAAACUACCGAGAUGUUGCUAGCUUCCUCCGCGUGGACACAAAGAAAGCCAUGUUCCACUUUGAUGGCUCUUUCCGACCUUGCCCAUUGCGCCAGGAAUUUAUCGGUGUUACGGAUCGCAAGGCCAUCAAGCAGCUAAAGACGAUGAAUGAUGUAACAUACAAUAAGGUAAUCGAGCACGUUGGCACCCACCGGAACCAAAUGAUUAUCUUCGUGCAUUCCCGCAAAGAGACUGCAAAGACGGCUAAGUACAUUCGAGACAAGGCUCUUGAAAUGGAGACUAUCAACCAGAUUCUUCGGCACGAUGCUGGUAGCCGAGAAGUCCUGACUGAGGCUGCAAGCCAAGCAACUGACCAGGAUCUCAAAGAUAUCCUGCCUUAUGGAUUCGGUAUUCACCACGCAGGUAUGAACCGAAUAGACAGAACUGAUGUGGAGGAUUUAUUCGCCAGAGGCGCCAUCCAAGUCCUUGUGUCUACCGCCACCCUUGCCUGGGGUGUCAACUUGCCUGCCCACACCGUUAUCAUCAAGGGCACACAAAUUUACUCACCUGAGAAAGGUAGCUGGGUUGAGCUGAGCCCUCAGGAUGUUCUCCAGAUGCUAGGUCGUGCAGGACGGCCUCAGUUCGACACCUACGGUGAAGGUAUCAUCAUCACGACUCAGAGUGAGAUCCAGUAUUAUCUUUCGCUUCUAAACCAGCAACUUCCGAUUGAAAGUCAAUUUGUUAGCAAAUUGGUAGAUAACCUCAAUGCUGAAGUUGUACUUGGCAAUGUGAGAACUCGCGAUGAGGGUGUCGAAUGGCUUGGAUACACAUAUCUCUUUGUCCGAAUGCUUCGGUCUCCUGGGUUGUAUCAAGUUGGCGCAGAAUACGAGGAUGAUGAGGCUCUGGAGCAAAAGCGUGUUGACCUAAUACACUCCGCAGCAAUGGCUCUUAGGAAGUCUAAUCUUGUCAAAUAUGAUGAGAAGACAGGCAGGAUUCAAUCUACCGAGCUUGGUCGCAUUGCCUCCCACUACUACAUCACAUCACAUUCUAUGGACACCUACAACAACCUCAUUCAGCCUUCUAUUACAACUAUUGAGCUCUUCCGAGUAUUUGCUCUCAGUGAUGAGUUCAAGUACAUUCCUGUUCGCCAAGACGAAAAGCUGGAGCUCGCAAAACUGAUGGGCAGAGUGCCGAUUCCCGUCAAGGAAAGCAUCGAAGAAUCGCACGCCAAAAUCAAUGUUCUGCUUCAAGCGUACAUUUCUCGUUUGAAGCUGGACGGCCUGGCUCUCAUGGCGGACAUGGUGUACGUCACGCAGAGCGCCGGUCGAAUCUUGCGAGCCAUCUUUGAGAUUACGUUGAAGAAGGGCUGGGCGUCGGUUGCCAAGACUGCUCUAGACCUUUGCAAAAUGGCUGAGAAGCGAAUGUGGCCUACCAUGUCUCCGCUGCGUCAAUUCCCCUCUUGCCCGCGCGAUAUUGUCCAAAAGGCAGAAAGAAUCGACGUCUCUUGGAGCAACUAUUUUGACCUUGAUCCUCCAAGAAUGGGCGAGCUGUUGGGUAUGCCCAAAGCAGGACGCACUGUCUGCGGGCUGGUUGCCAAGUUCCCCAGGGUCGACGUUCAGGCACAGAUACAGCCUAUGACCAGAUCCAUGCUUCGAGUCGAACUGAGCAUUACCCCUAAUUUCGAAUGGGAUGAUAGUGUCCAUGGCGCUGCCGAGAGCUUCUGGAUCAUAGUCGAAGACUGUGAUGGUGAAGAUAUCUUAUACCAUGACACGUUCCUCCUUCGCAAAGACUACGCCGAAUCUGAAGCAAACGAACACAUUGUAGACUUCACUGUCCCAAUCACCGACCCUAUGCCACCAAACUACUUCGUUUCUGUCAUCUCAGAUAGGUGGAUGCACUCUGAAACGAGAUUGGCUGUUCCCUUCCACAAGCUUAUCUUGCCAGAGAAGUUUCCUCCUCACACAGAAUUGCUUGACCUUCAGCCUCUGCUUGUUUCUGCUCUGAAAGUUCAAGACUAUGUCAAUAUCUACCCAGAAUGGAGGCAAUUCAACAAGAUCCAGACGCAAACCUUCAACUCGCUCUAUAAGACGGAUCAGAAUGUAUUCGUCGGUGCCCCGGCUGGAAGUGGCAAGACUGUGUGUGCCGAGUUCGCUCUCUUGCGGCACUGGUCGCAAGGCGAUGAUGCCGGUCGAGCCGUCUAUAUUGCUCCAUUCCAAGAACUCAUUGAUGCUCGCUUACAAGACUGGCAGAAGAGACUCGGCCACUUGAACGGCGGAAAAGAGAUUGUGAAGUUGACUGGCGAGACUGCUGCAGAUCUCAAGCUUCUGGAAGCUGGUGAUUUGAUUCUCGCUACUCCAACGCAGUGGGACGUCUUGUCCAGACAGUGGAAGCGACGAAAGAAUAUUCAGACAGUGCAGCUGUUUAUUGCCGACGAACUCCAUCUUCUUGGUGGCCAUAUGGGCUAUGUCUACGAAAUCAUCGUAUCACGAAUGCACUAUAUCCGUACGCAAACAGAGCUGCCAAUGAGAAUCGUUGCUCUUAGUGCUUCUUUGGCGAAUGCUCGAGACAUUGGCGAAUGGAUUGAUGCUAAAAAGCACGAUAUUUACAACUUUAGCCCUCAUGUCAGGCCUGUGCCGCUUGAACUUCACAUUCAAUCCUUCUCAAUUCCUCAUUAUCCGUCCUUGAUGCUGGCUAUGGCGAAGCCCGCAUACUUGGCCAUCACGCAGAUGUCACCAGAUAAGCCUGCCAUGAUUUUCGUACCCAGUCGAAAGCAGACCAGAGGUACUGCGCGCGACUUGCUGGCCGCCGCCGUCUCAGACGAUGACGAAGACCGCUUCUUACAUACUGAUGUGGAGCAGAUGCGGCCCCUUCUUGACCGCGUCCACGAAGAGGCACUCGCCGAAGCCUUGUCUCAUGGUGUUGGCUACUACCAUGAAGCUCUCAGCCAGAGCGAUAAGCGUAUUGUAAAGCACCUUUACGACAAUGGUGCUAUUCAAGUGCUUGUCGCGUCUCGCGACGUAUGCUGGGAGUUGACAAACACUGCUCAUCUCGUGAUUGUCAUGGGCACGCAGUAUUUUGAGGGCCGAGAGCACAGAUAUGUAGACUAUCCCCUCAGCGAAAUCCUGCAGAUGUUUGGCAAGGCGCUACGACCUUCAAAGGAUGGCCGCGGCCGCGGAGUGCUCAUGCUACCUCAAGUCAAGCGAGAGUACUACAAGAAGUUUUUGAAUGAAGCCUUGCCAGUCGAAUCACACUUGCACAACUAUCUCCACGAUGCUUUUGUCACAGAGAUUAGCACCAAGAUGAUUGAGUCUGGUGACGAUGCGAUCAACUGGACUACUUUCACGUACUUUUAUCGAAGACUAUUGGGUAACCCAAGCUACUAUGGCCUGACCAGCACUACUCACGAAGGUCUGAGCAACUACAUGUCAGAUCUUGUGGAGACGACGCUGCGUGAGUUGGGCGAGUCCAAGAUUAUUGAGUUUGACGAGGAGGAUGGAUCUGUUGCUCCACAGAAUGCUGCCAUGAUUGGCGCAUACUACAAUAUUUCAUACAUCACGAUGCAAACAUUCUUGCUCUCUCUCACAGCGCGGACGAAGCUCAAGGGCAUCUUGGAAAUCGUUACUUCUGCUACUGAAUUUGAAUCUGUGCAAGUUCGGCGACAUGAGGACAGCCUUUUACGACGCAUCUAUGACCGCAUUCCCGUCAAGAUGGCACAGCCUAGCUAUGACACGCCUCACUUCAAGGCGUUUGUUUUACUCCAAGCCCACUUCGCUCGGAUGCAACUCCCGAUUGAUCUUGCCAAGGACCAAGAGGUUAUCCUUGCCAGAAUUCUCAGCCUCCUCAGCGCCAUGGUAGACAUCCUCUCGUCAGACGGUCAUCUUAACGCCAUGAACGCCAUGGAGAUGUCUCAGAUGGUUGUCCAGGCAAUGUGGGACCGAGAUAGUCCCCUCAAGCAGAUUCCUCACUUCUCUCCAGAGGUUGUGAAGGUUGCAAAUGACUUUGGAAUCAAGGACAUUUUCGACUUCAUGGAGGCCAUGAAUCCUGAGGAAAACGCAGACUAUAACAAAUUGGUCAAGCAACUAGGUCUUUCGCAGAAACAGCUAGCACAAGCGGCAGACUUCACAAAUGAAAAGUAUCCAGACUUGGAGCUGGAGCAUGAAGUUGUUGAGGAGGAUGAAGUCAGAGCGGGCGAACCAUCGUAUCUGAACAUCAAAAUCACCCGAAACAUUGAGGAUGAUGAUGAACAUGACUCUACAGUGCAUGCACCAUUCUAUCCAGCUAAGAAGAUGGAGAAUUGGUGGCUGGUUGUGGGCGACGACAAGUCUCGAAACCUGCUGGCGAUCAAACGAGUUACCAUCGGCCGCGAGCUGAACGUACGGCUGGAAUACACUGUGCCAUCUCCUGGUGAGCACAACCUCAAGCUGUUCCUAAUGAGUGAUAGUUAUAUCGGGGUGGACCAAGAGCGGGAGUUUUCAGUGACGGCAGCAGAGAGCAUGGAUGUGGACGAGGACGACGAGGACGAGGACGAGGACGAAGACGAGGAGUAGAUGCCGGCGCGCGCUCUCCUUACCAUUUAAUAUCUGGAAUAAAGAACGAUUAUGUACAAUAAAGGCAAGCUACGGAUACAAUCUGAAUAUGUGAUUUAUUUUUGCCCAGA